GCUUAAAAAUUGCUCUUGUGUUUAGAAAGCAAAGUUCAUAAAAAUAAGCAGUUUUUUUCUAUAGAUAUUGAAAUUUUAAUAAUUUCAAUAAAUAAAGAUAAAAUAAUAUUAAAAGUAAAAUUAAUAAGGAUCAUAAAUAAAAUAAAAUUAGCAGAGGGUUUAUUUCUAUAGACAAUUAAAUCAUAAUAGUUUUCAUAAAAUUAAUGUGUAAUAAUAAACAUAUAAAUAAAUAGUGGCCUAUAUAAACAAAUUUUUUAUUAAAUAAGAUGAGAAGGUCUGCUGCUCCUUCAUUGUCAUCGUUUUCAAAAAAAAGUAAGUUAUCUCCUAAUUCAACUGCUAAAAAGUUUGGUUUAUCUUUAAAUUGCAGCAAUGAAUGUGACAACACGUGUACGCAAAGUAUUGAAGAAAAUUAUGUUGGUCCUGCAAAUUUUAUAAAAAAAGAUAAUGAUGAUUCAAAAUUACAUACAGCUUCAAUUAAAAAGUGUAAUGUCAUUGACAAUUCAGAUUCUAACUGCAAAAGUAACAAUGACUUGUUAAAUCAAUAUAAUGUAAAGAAUUUUGUUCAAAAAGAAAAUAAUAAUGAAUUAUCAAGCAUUAUGCAAAAACCAAAUACAUUAAGUUAUUCCAAUAAAGUGUUUUCACCACCAUUUUCAAAAACAUGCAGUGUUAGUAACACAAUUGAUAUUAACAAGAACAAAAUAAAGACUUAUAAACCACUUAAUGCAUUAGAAAUAAACAACAAAACUGAAUGCUAUUUUUCUGUUAUGUGGUGUAAAGUUUCAUCAAAAAAGCACAAGAAUUGGGAAGGCGAUGGAGUUCUUAUAGUUAAUGGAAGUUCAGUUGUUUUAAAAGAUAUUGAGGGAAACCAAAUAUCUAAAAGUAAUGGCUGUAAAUCUAGUGAAAUAGCAGGCUUGGUAGAUGGAAGCACUAUUGUUGUUGGAGGUAAAGAAAUAGAGAUACAAAAUGUACUAACUAAAGAGCAAUAUUUAACUGGAAAAUGUUACUUGGGGGCAACUUCCAAAGCUGCUUGCUGCGAUGAUAAGAAAGCAACCAUAAACAGUGUUGUUGUUAAACCAUUUGUGGCACAUAAAAGUUGCUCAUCAAAGUUACAGGUUUUUGAAACAAGUUAUUUGCCUCGCCAUGAUCCCACAAAAGAUGGUGCUUUAAUUAUGCCAAAUGAUAUGAAAUCAGUUAAUUCAACUGAAAAUGUGGCUGUUGUUGUUGAUCCUUUUAUAUCAUCAAACUUAAGACCACAUCAGCGUGAAGGCGUAAUUUUUCUUUAUCAAUGUGUUAUGGGUAGAAAUGUUGCAGGAAAUGGUGCUAUUCUUGCAGAUGAAAUGGGUUUAGGAAAAACACUGCAAUGCAUUGCAUUAGUUUGGACAUUACUAAAGCAAGGUCCCAUUAGAAACAUUCCUGUUGCCAAAAAAGUCAUAAUAGUAACUCCUGGUAGUUUAGUCAAGAACUGGCGUAAAGAAUUUAUCAAAUGGUUAGGCAGUGAAAGAGCUCAGCCAUUUGUUGUAGAAAGUAAAAACCGAGUUGAUGAAUUUCUACUUUGUACAAACCUUCCUAUCAUGAUAAUCAGCUAUGAGAUGUUUUUGCGCUGCAUAGAAGAUAUCAGAAAAGUAAAAUUUGACUUAAUUAUAUGCGAUGAAGCUCAUCGCUUAAAAAACUUAAAUAUUAAAACAGCUUCUUUAAUUGCAAGUCUUUCAAUCAAGAGAAAAAUACUUUUAACAGGAACUCCGAUUCAAAAUAAUCUUGAAGAGUUUUAUGCAUUGGCAGAGUUAGCCAACCCAGGAAUUUUAGGUUCUCAGAACAAAUUUAAAAAUGUUUUUGUUGAUCCUAUUACAAGAAGUCAGCAACCUGAUUGCUCAGUUGAAGAAAAAGAGCUUGGGGAGAGUAGAGCCAUUGAGCUAAGCGAAUUAACUCAAUCUUUCUGCCUUCGUAGAACAGCAGAUAUAAACAAUAUGUAUUUACCAGCUAAAGUUGAGUAUGUCUUGUUUAUCGAAAUGAGUGAGUUGCAAAUGAAAAUUUAUAACCAUAUUAUAAGAUCUCGCUUUGUCCAAUCAUGUUUUUCAACAUCAUAUAAUGGUUGUACUCAUUUAUACUAUAUUGGGAUGCUAAAGAAGUUGUGCAAUGAUCCAAUUCUUGUUUAUAAUAGCUUAAAAGAAAAAGAAAAGCACAAUGUAAAUGAACUCUCAGAUCACGAUAUGACUGACAAAAGUUUGUUGCAACUAUUUGCUAACGAAGAUGUAAAGGAAGCUUCAUACAAUUCAGCUAAAAUUACAGUCCUUCACCAACUUUUGGAUAAAGUUAUUAAAUCUACUGAGAAAAUAGUACUUGUUUCGAAUUCAACAAAGACCUUAGAUAUACUUGAAAGAUUCUGUAUAGCAUUUAAUUUUACUUAUGUGCGCUUGGAUGGCAAAACUCAAGUUCAAAUUCGACAACAAAUAGUUGAUCGAUUUAAUGACAGACAGAGUAACAUCAAUGUGUUUUUAUUGAGUUCAAAGGCUGGCGGUGUAGGAUUAAAUCUUGUUGGUGCUUCAAAUCUUGUUCUUUAUGAUAUUGACUGGAAUCCAGCAAACGAUUUACAAGCUAUGGCUCGUAUAUGGAGAGAUGGACAGCGAAAAGAAGUGAAAAUUUACCGUCUAUUACUAACAGGCUCAAUAGAAGAAAAGAUUUACCAGCGACAAAUUGUAAAGCAAGCUUUAAGUAAAACUGUUGUAGAUUCACUUAUAACUAAGAAAACUGAAUUUAGUCAAGAUGAUCUAAAAGACUUGUUUUCCUUUCAAGAAUCAUCUACCUGUCUGACGCACGAACUUUUAAAUUGUUGUUGUAUUGAUAAUGAUGAACAUAAGUCUUUCAAGUUGAAGAAAUUAAUCAGCUCUAAUGAGAAAAGUGUAUCAAUGGCUGAGCUAAUGAAAUGGGACCACAUACCUAAAGACAAUGUUGGUAACAUUAUGGGAGAAGAACUGGGCGAUUGUGGUUUGAUAACAUUUGUUUUCCGCAAUCAAAGCAUUUCAUAGAAGAUUACCAUAUUGUAGUUUGAUGCAUAGCAUUAAAAUUGUUUCUAUUUAUAUUUAGUUUGAAUAAUUUAUGUUUAAUAUUGAUUUUGUUU